AGCCAUCUUUUUUCGAAAAACAGGAGCAUACGAUAACGCUUUUAGGCGCUUGGGCAGACGUUUUUUUUUCCCCUCUGCGAAGAAAAUAAUCCACACGGCGGGGACUCGAGCUCUCAUGCACGCUUCCAAUAAACGUCGGCGCUCCUUCCGCGUCGACCCAUUCACCUUCAUCGUGCCAGGAAGCCAUGACGAGGCGUCUGUUGUGCCGCUUUCUUCCUCCUCCCUCUCCGCCUCCGCGCAGCAGAUUGUGCUGCCCAUGACGCUGCGCCGCAUCGCCUACGAAGAGGCAGCCACCUCACUGGAGGACCUUCGUGCGGUGAAUGCGGAGCCGCUAGCCAGCAUGCCCGCGGACGCCCCGCUCGAACCCGGGACAGCGGUGCGACUUCCCGUGGUUCUCGGCAUGCGUGGCAACCCGUAUGGCCUGUCCUUCUCGCUUGGUCAAACAGAGCAGCAGCUGCAGGACUGCGAUGCGCUCUUGGACUCGGUGGCGACGACCUGGGAAGGGGAGUACGGCACCCACAGCCUCACCGCGCUGCCGCCACGCACGGUGUGCUCCCAAACGGAGGCGAUCUUGACGCAGGUGCGCAAGGAGGCUGCACGGCAGCUGCCAGAGAUCGCGGCGAAGCUGCAAAAGCUCGGCAACAAAGACACCCGUCUUCCUUACCUGGUCGAAGUGGCCUCCAUUAAAGAGGCAGAGAAGCAACUCGAAGAGGCGUUUCAGCGCGCCGUUGCUGGCCUGGAAACUUUCAAAUCGGAGAACGAGAAGGUGACGCGUCCUGGGCCGUCGCCGCUGAGCUCGAACUGUCUUGCCCCCGCGUCUCUACAGACCAGGUGUGACUCUGGUGACGAUUUCUGUGUGGAGCACACGCACCGGUGGGAGUUCACGAUGCACGGCAUCCGCUCAAAGGAGCCGCGCGAGACGUGGGCGGUGCUGUCGUGCCAGCCGCUAACAGCGCUCCUCGACGCCGUGGACUGCGCCACCGUGCGCGAUCCCCUGCACACCUCCCGCAACGCGCUCUUCUUCAUCCACGGCGCCUUUUACAUCGACGACCGCCACCGCGACGCGCACGACUUUCAGGAUUUGAGCAAAGUGAUUUGCACGAAUGACCCCCUGCAGGACCCGUUGACAUUCGAAGCGGCGGAGCACCAGGGCUUUGGGCGGUGUCCGGUGAAGAGCGCGGCCACCACCACGUUCAAAGAGCUGGAGGUGAAGAUGGGCGAGUACUGCCUCCUGCGCCACUGCGGUGGCUGCGAUCACUACUUUUAUCUGUCACACGUGCGCAGCCUUCGCGGCUACCCACGGAAGGAGCGCGCUGAGUUCCCGCACCGCGUAGCCAAAGUGCGUGACCAAGCGCGGCGCUGUCUGCUGUGUCGCCUGUUUCCGUCAACGGUGGUCGUCUACGAGGAUCCUCUGUCUCCGGAGAGUCCCGCUUACUACUGUGCCGUGUGCUUUGACGUGCUGCACGCAAAUGACACCCCUGAAGAGGCAGCACAGUACCAGCGACGAGACGCCAAGGAUUUCGGGGAGACGUACUUCAAAGCGGCGUAG